GGCGGGGAGGGAGGGGAAGGGGAGGGGGGAAAGACAAAGAGAGGGCCCGGGCGCCGAGGGAGGAGCGUGACCUCAGUGCUGGGAGGCCUCUGCCCGUCAGGCUGAGGGCAGGCGGGCGGGGCAGCGCCCCAGGCUGAAGAAGUCCCUUUCUCUCCCUCUCCUCUCUGGCUGCUGCGGUGGGGGACCUGGGGCCUCAUUGGCCGGCCGGGCGCCAUCCUCGGCAUAAAUUGGAGUCUGGGCUCUUGCUGGGACUGCCUGCUGCCCACAGCCCCGCUGCCCGCCCUCCUGCCGCUCUCGCUGGGUGAUGGAAACCCCGAGCCCAGCUGCCGCCCGGGGCAGGGCUCUCUGGGCUCUCCUCCUGGCCGUGCUUGGCUCCGCUGCCGGCCAGCCGCUGGGAGGUGAGUCUGCCUGUACGGCCCGGCCCCUGGCCACGUACAGCAUCACCUUCACGGGCAAGUGGAGCCAGACGGCCUUCCCCAAGCAGUACCCUCUGUUCCGGCCCCCGGCGCAGUGGUCUUCCCUGCUGGGGGCAGCGCAUAGCUCUGACUACAGCAUGUGGAGGAAGAACCAGUAUGUCAGCAACGGGCUGAGGGACUUUGCGGAGCGGGGCGAGGCCUGGGCCCUGAUGAAGGAGAUCGAGGCGGCCGGAGAGAAGCUGCAGAGCGUGCACGGGGUGUUCUCGGCCCCCGCCGUGCCCAGCGGCACCGGGCAGACCGCCACAGAGCUCGAGGCCCACUCCAGGCACUCCCUCGUGUCCUUCGUGGUGCGCAUCGUCCCCAGCCCCGACUGGUUCGUGGGCGUCGACAGUCUGGACCUGUGCGACGGGGACCACUGGCGGGAGCAGGUCGCCAUGGACCUCUACCCCUAUGACGCCGGGACGGACAGCGGCUUCACAUUCUCCUCCCCCAACUUUGCGACAAUCCCGCAGGACACAGUGACCGAGAUAACAUCCUCGUCUCCCAGCCACCCGGCAAACUCCUUCUACUACCCGCGCCUGAAGUCCCUGCCUCCCAUCGCCAGAGUGACCCUGGUGCAGCUCCGGCAGAGCCCCAGGGCCUUGGUCCCGCCCGCCCCCGACCUGGUCGGCAGGGGCAACGAGAUCACAGACAGCCUCCCGGUUCCAGAAACGCCGCUGGACUGCGAGGUCUCCCUGUGGUCGUCCUGGGGGCUGUGUGGAGGUCCGUGCGGGAAGCUGGGAGCCAGGAGCAGGACUCGCUACGUCCUCGUGCAGCCCGCCAACCACGGGGCGCCCUGCCCCGAGCUGGAAGAGGAGGCAGAGUGUGUCCCUGACAACUGCAUCUGAGAGCAGAGCCCUGCAGCCCCUCAACCCCGCAGGGCUGGCCGGGCCUGGUCAUUCAGGUCAGGGCCACGCAGCGAGCAGGCCAAGCAGGGGCUUCAUCGCCUCUCUGAGAUCCACUGCGGCCUGACCCCUCUGCACAGAC